AUGUCCAAGCGCCUCGAAGAUACCAAGGUGAUGGAAGCAGCCGAUGUGGAUUUGUCAAGAACAAAUUGCAUCAAACCAAUCUCAUUUCUGUCGGCGCUGGACAGAGCAGCUGGUGUAGCAAGGGGGAAGCGGCACCUGUACAUCGGUGAUUUCCACAAGCAUUUCAUUCACGUCCGAAACAAAAGGAAGAGGCGGACCAGCGAUGAUGGGGGAGACUCUCCUGAGCAUGCAAUAGAUGUCCCAGAGGUUGACCGAUUCCAGCUCCAGAUGAACACACUGGGACAUUACAAAAGGCAUUAUGAAGUACAAACCAGGCCCGGCCUCAACGAGGCGCAAUCAAAAAUGUAUAUCCCACGAUCCCUAUCAAACACAGCCUUCCUGGCCACUGACCCCUACUGCAACUCUCCACUAACCAUCGGCCAUCGUUUUGGGAAUAUCCCCGUGAAUGAGAAGGAGACGCUUCCUUACUUCAUCUACGUGGUGAAGAACAAGAGCAGGCGGGACCAGAAAUCGGAAGGCAGCUAG